UUGAACUUUGAUUGAACUCUUGAGAUUGAGUUAAGUUCUCCUCCUACAGCUUACCCCCUAGUGCGUCGAAAGCCAUAGCGUCGCGAAUACUUCAUCAAUCAACGUGAUUCAAAUUGGGAACGGUAGCUGAGAUCAAGAGCUACAACAUAUCCAAGUUUCGCGACAUUCCAACGGCUAGUGUUUUGUCGACGUCGUUUCUUGUGAAGACGACUUUUCUGUCCAGAAUUUCGGAUUUAUAUUUUGAGUAAUUCUAGCUCCUAAGUUCACCUAGACUCUGUCCUUAAUCCUACCAAGUGGUAUCAGAGCGAUAUUAAGGACAUUGAGAGGAGUCUACAGAAGUGUGAAGACCCUUCUAGACCCACCAUGGCCUGAGAUGUUCGAGCACAUCAAGGAUCUUGUGGAAGCGGAUGAUUCGGGUCCAAGGGCGUGGAAACUACUACGUGAUGUGGUUCAGCCCAACACUCUCCUGAUGGUGAUCGUGCUCGAGAAGGAACUUGCUGCCAUCUCCAUGCAACCAGGGGACGAUGUGAAGCCGGUCCUUGACAAGAUCAAGGACACCUAUGCAAGGAUGGCAGCAGCGGGCAGCAGUGUAUCUCAGCUGCAGCAGUGCACCAAGAUCAUCUCGGUGUUGGACAACUCUUGGGACAACCUCAUCCCCACCCUCAACUCUCAACAAGAUCAAUGGACACCUGAGUGGCUAAGGCAGCAGAUUCUGCAGGAGGACUUCCGCAGACGCCAUCAGCAGCAGCAGCAUGAAUCUCCACCUCGAGUUCCACACCCGCCUGAGCGUCCUAGGAGGGAUGUGCGCCCUCCUGUGAGGCUGACCUAUGGGGGAAGAGGCAAGCCGAAUGUGGUGCAGGCUGGGAGUGUGGUUGAGCAGAUUGAGGAAGAUGAGAUCGCUCACUGCUACUGGGCACCAAUCCCUGAGUCAAAGUUGAGGUUCCUAUAGGGAGGGAAUCUUUGUGCUUAUGGGGUUUCCUUGGUUGGGGACUCUCUUGGGACCUUCCCUCUCGUCCCUCUCUUUCUAUCCCAACCUUUCUCUUGCUCCUCAAUUCCUUGUGAGAUUCUUGAACUUUGAUUGAACUCUUGAGAUUGAGUU